AUGACCUCUUCGCGACUCAUCACCCGCCUCAUGCGGCCCUCGCCGUCAAGCUACACCCCGAUCUCAGCAUUGAACCGCUCCUUCGGCUCUUCGGCUCUGCGCUUCAAAGAUGCCAACGAUCGCGCCCCUCCCAAUGCCCAGGCUCACCGCGAGAACCAGGCCAAGAAGCAGCCGAAUCAGUUCGUUCCUAAUACUACUUCAACCAUGACCAAGGACUAUCCGAAUGUCGGCCAGAAGCCGUCGCCGCCUGAAAUGCUCAACACGGUCGAUCCUAACUACCGCCCGGCGGAUCCGUACCCUGGCAAGAUUGAGCAUUUCACUGGUGGACGCCAGGAGAGCGGCGCGCAGAAACCCGAGCUUGGCGUUGGCGAAAUGGAGGGUAUCACCUUCAAGGUUGAGCCGUUGAAGCGGGUUAACGAGGAUGUGACGACCAUGCGUGCUCGGUUACUAUACCAGAGCCGGAAGCGUGGAAUCCUUGAAUCCGACCUUCUUCUCUCAACCUUCGCCGACGUCUACCUGGGAAAAAUGAGCCCAGAGCAGCUCCAGGAAUACGACCGCUUCCUCGACGAAAAUGACUGGGACAUCUACUACUGGGCGACGCAAGACCCACCCACCGAAGACUCCUCCGCGCCUGCUGAGGACACUCUGACGGAGACCUGGAAGCGGACUGGCGCCAAGAGCGGCGAGUGGGCUCAGACCGUUGGUGCCUUUAAGGCGGCGUACCGGCCUGUGCCGUCGCGGUGGGAUGGUUCGGAGGUUUUGAACCUGUUGAGAGAGCAUGUCCGCGAUAAGAGCGCGACGGGCUUCGAGUCGGCGAAGAAUAAGAAGACUGGUGGCGGUUUGGGACGGAUGCCCAAUGUUCAGGUGUUUAACUCGUGA